AUGGCAGUCCCAUUUCGAGAGAACAAUCGCAAUUGGCCCGCUAAGGCUAUAUCGAGCUCCAGGCUCGGUGGCGUUCUUAAGCUGUGGAAGUGCCUUGCAGCCGAUGUUCCCCAAAAGCCAAUGCUGGUGUAUGGAAGAGGAUGGCAACAAAUUUAUUCUCCAGAUACGGCCUCCAAGCUAUUGGCGGAUAGAACUCGCCUCUCCGAACCCGCCUGGGAAUAA